AUGGCUUCAGGCUCACGGCCAACAGGAGGAGUCGAUGGCAUCCAGCCAUAUCGGAUGAGCGUGUCGCAGAAGUACCUCGACCUUACCCGCCAGAAGCUGCAACUCACGCGCCUGCCUCGAGAUCCACGAAACGCGCAAUCACCCGGCGAAUAUGGCGUGUCGAAGAACGACCUCGAGCCAUUGAUCGACCAUUGGCUUGAGUCUUACGACUGGCGCGCUCAAGAGUCGUUCUACAACGAUACCCUGCCUCAAUACAGAGUCCCGGUCAAUGGCACGCGCCUCCAUUUCGUCCACAAAAAGUCGCAGUCGCCCAAUGCUCUUCCGUUGCUCUUCGUCCACGGCUUCCCUGAGAGCUUCGUCACAGCAGCGAAGGUCGUCGAUGCACUAUGUGACCCGAUUGCGACGCCGCCUCGCGGAGACGAAGACGUUCAAAACUUCAACGUCGUGGUCCCAAGCAUAUCUGGGUUCGGCUUUAGCGAUCCAAUAGCAGAGGCUGGCAACAACAUGCAGGCGACCGCGGAAGUCUUCAACACACUUAUGGCUGGGCUCGGAUACCACAGAUAUAUCGCGCAUGGGACAGGAUGGGGCUUCAACAUCUGCCGGAUCCUCGCUCUGACGCAUCCAAACAACUGCGUAGCUGUACAUACUGUCAAUCCGGACGUACCGGCACCGAGGUUCGCGGCAUCACCAUUCCUCUGGCUGAAACUUCGACUGGUCAAGCUGACCUAUCUCAUCUGUAGGUCGGUGUUUGGCUAUGGCCCUGAAGAUUGGUCGGCCCAGACCACACCAUCGUUGACGCCAGGAGCUGGUCAAUGGAUAUCAGAGAGGCCGCAGACGACAGCCUACGCCCUCGCCGACUCUCCUUCAGGUUUGUUAGCUUUCAUCCUGGACGCGAUCCGGCCACCAUCGCUGCGUUCGCCAGCACAAUCAUCCCCAGGCGGGAAUAGCCCCGAAUACCUUCGCACCCAGACACCGGGGCGUUCACCCAUAAGUCCUCAAACAUACACCACUCCGCAAACGGGCAGGUCCCCCAGCAACCCAGCGGCAUCCCACAGUCCUCAAAACCUCGAGCUAAACGACCUAGCCUCAGCAUGGAACCCAACAGCCCUUCUCAACUGGACGAUGCUCUACUGGCUCCCCGGACCAGAAGUCGCAUUACGCUGGCUCGUCAACUCCUCGAAACUCGUGCCGUCGCUCUGGCUGGGCCAUUGUGGCGUACCGCUUGGCAUAUCGUACUUUCAUGACCCUGGGUCGGCGAACGCGCAGACGCCGCCGCAGUGGACAGAGGCGUAUUUUAGAGUCGCCAUGGUGCAGAGACGCGAAGGGCGUGUGAGGUUUCCUGCGUGGGAGCGGCCGGCGGAGUUGGUGAUAGAUUUGAGGGAGUUUGCUGGGUUGUUGGGAUUGACGGGUGGUGGGCCUGCUGUUACGAAUGGGUAUUAA